UACCAUUCUUUUCCAUGUUUAUAUUAAUAACAAAAUAUCGAUUAAUGUUAACAAAACUAACAAAAGGGCAAUCAUAAUUUACUUAAAAAAUUAAAAUUUCAAAAAAUUAAGGGGCCAAUAUAAAAAUUUCAUAGAAAUUUUAACAAUUAAUUUUAAACCUUUUAAUUAGAGAUUUAUUCAAAAAUAAAAGCAAAACACUCAUAUUUUUAAAAAAUUAUAAGUGUGCAAAUAUACAUUGAUAUGGAUCAUUAUGAUAUCUAAAUUCAGUAUUCAAAAGUUUCUCUAUAGAAAGUAUGAAGAUGGCGUGUUGACAGAGAAACUGUACAACAUGAGUCAUUUUGUGUUUUCUUUCUUUUCACCAAGCGUUGAUUGAACAGAGACGACUACACAUAUAGAUGGCUUUUCGUCACAUAGUUUCUUUACUUAUUGGUAGAAUCACCCUAAAGUUCAAAUACUUGAUGUAGAUAUAUAUGUUAUUGCACAGGAAAGAUUUAACACUACGAUUUUUAGUAACAACUAGUGACCCUUAUACAAGUUUACAAUCUUUUCUCAAGAUUUCAAAACAAUUCGUCAGCCUCAGAAGUUUGUGAAAGCCCUUUCAUUGCAGAAUUUCAUACAGGUUAGGUUUUCUAAAAAUGUUUUCUUAUAAAAUACUACAAAGCGUGUUUUAAUAUUGCCUUCAUAUAGAACAUUGUGAGCCAAAUCGUGUAACAUCGAAAUGCUCGUAGCUUUAAUUUAAUGCAAAAUCGAGGGUUCUAUGAUGUGUACCGACUCACUAAAUGGAUAGCAUCGUGAGCCACGUGGCCACGUGGCCGGAGUAGUUUGUUCGUUAUUGCUACAACGACUCGGCUUGCAUGUUGCCGCACGCGGUUCGCGGAUCGUGCCUCGUGGCUCGUAAUUCGUGAUUCGUCAUUCUGCUUUAUUAUUGAUAAAUAAAUCGCGAAUCAAAUGGGCUUGCUAAACCACGAGUCAACAAGCCACAUUGUUAGAUCAUUUGAUUUGUCAAUGUUUUUCAAACUUAUUCAAAUUAGAGUUAUGUUUGCAACCUGCAAAUAUAAAUGACAAGCAUAGAUGAUAAUACUAAAUGACGCAAGAUCUCUGUAAUUAGUUAUAACUAAUAUUGCUUGUUAAUUUGCGAAUUCAACGAAUGGCGAAUAUUCAUAAGUAAGCUAUGAGCCACGUGCUGUGUGACCCUUUAAGGUGCAUCCACAUUGUCGAAUUAAAUCUCAAGCCAAAUUGCAAUUGUGAACUAAGCAUGUUUGUAAAAUAUCAGUAAAAUGACUACUGAUUCAAAUUCGUUGACGAACAUAUUCUUUAAUCUUCAGGAAAUUUACUCUCUAAAGUACAAUCAGUGAAAAAUCAGUGAAGUCAGUAGAAAUAUAUAGAUUUUUUAUAUAGUAGUAGACUUAUAACUUAUCAAUAAAAUAAAUACACUGAUCUUUCAGUAAUAAUAUAUUGAAGCCGAAAUUACUAAAAGAUGGUAAAAUACUCACUAAUUAUCACAGUCAUUUAUUACUGCUAAUCAAUGAUAAUACAAUGAUUGUCAUUUAAAGAGUAGAAAACAUAUGUUGUUAAAACAUAAUAAUUUUUCAAUUUGUAAAAAAAAAAUAAGCGAGACAGAAGAAUUAACAAUUAUUUUACAUAAAAUUUUAACAAGCUUAUUUAAACAGUUCAAUUAACUAUAAAAAGUGAGAGAUUUAUACAGAUAUCUCUUUUUAGUAUAGAGGGCAUUUCUUUCUCAGAUCUUUUAAGAAAUACAAAAAAAUUUUCCCGUUGUGAUUACUAGUUUAAAUUGUUGGUGACAAUCUUUAUUAAUAAUCUAUGUCGAAAUGAAAUUCAAAUUAGCAAUGUACAUAUGUAUAUCAUAAUGAUCAAAUCAAAUAAAAUUCUUAAAUAUUCUUAAUAAAUUAAAUAUUAUUUCGAGAAAGAUAGCACGCGUAAGACAGAAAUACGAUUCUUAAAAGUUAAAUAAUAAAUAAUUUGGUAGAGUUCGAUAACACAAAUAGGUCUUAUAAUGUUAAGGACACGUAAUUUUUACAAAUAGAAUAGCUAAUCAGUAAGCUGUUAUCGUAUCGUCUACUAAAGAAUUAAGUGUUAAUUAUGUAAACGUUUAUAAUAUCUGCCAUGUUGACUAUAUUAUUAAUUCAUCUGUAAAAUAUAUAUCUCUAUGAUGUACGUCGGACAAAAUUUAAAAUUCUUUUAUUUUCCGUAAGCUUGUCAAAUAAAUGUAAAUAUUUUAAUUUGCUAUAUUAAAAUCGUAGCAAUGUUAUUGAGUUUUCAUUUUUCUAAUUCUAUGUUAUUGCCAUAAUUAUAGACCAUAAUAAUAAAUUGUAGCAGAAAAUUUAUUUUGUAUAUACAUGAUAAGCACUAAUAGACGUUCUUACUUUAAAAAUUGUAUUCUAUUUUUUUCUUCAAAAUAUAUUUUUAUUAUUUUUCUAUUCCGAUCUUAAUCUGAUUUAUAUUUCCCUUUUUAUCUAAUCUUCUUUAGAAUUUAUCUUUUCACCGUUUUAAAUAAAAUAUAAGCUGUCAGAAAUAAUAUAUUGUUAUAUUCUCCAUUAUUCAAACAUUCAAAACAAACUCAUCAUUAAUUUUUAAUGUUAUUAAUUUCAGACACUAGGCUACAUAGCAAGAUAUUAAAUACAAUUAUUUGAAUCAAGCAAAGUGAUUCUACCCAAGUGUAGUAAAGGAAAAAUCUGAAUGUUUCACACUAUGAUGCCAACACUAUGGAUCAUCGUCUUUAUUACUUUAAUUUCAGGUAAAGUAAUUUACAUCUAAACAAAAAUAAUGCUUUAUAAAUAAGUAAAAUUUAUUAAUAUAAAAAUAUAUUUUUGUUUAAAAGCAACAGAAUUUAUUCAUGUCCAUUUCAAUUUAUAUUUGACAAAAUUAGUCCUUUAAUAUGUAAAUAGUUAUUACAAAAAAAUUAAUUUGUUAAAAUAAUAGAUAUAAUUAUUUUAAAUAUAUCAAUGAAGUAGAAAAUCCUAUACGGUUUGCAUCAAAUUUUAGUGAUAAAUAUGAUUUUUCUAUUAAUAUAGUUAUUCUACUAAUUAUGAUUAUAUUUUUCUAAUAUAGAUGCAGUAACGGAAAAUAUGACUGUAUCACUAACAAAUACAUCAGUAACGGACAUUUCAGAUAAAAAAAACAUUAUAAAAGAAUAUAAAGAUAUCAAUCCAAAUAGAUAUGUAUACUAUAGAAUAUCAAAUAUCCUGAAAUGGCCUAAUUAUUAUUGGUUUGGUUCUGGUUUUGGAUUUGGUGUUCUCAUAAUGUUAAUUAUAAAUUCCAAUUUAUAUUGUCACUUUUGGUGUCCUAAUGCUCGUAUCUCAAGAUGCAUCUGUAACUGCUUGAGAAUUCUUUGGCAUCGUUUCGGUAUUUGGUUUCAUCACUUUUGUCUUUGUAAAUCACGUGAACAGGAAUAUUUUUUUCCGCGCUCAGAACAAAAUAUUGGAAUUAUCACAAGACAAAGGAGGCUUUCAUCUCCAGAAAUAAAUAGAAUUAUUACAAGACAAGGAAACAUAAAUAUAUAUAAUAUACCACCAUUGCCACGUGUUUCACGACACAAAAAUGAGUCGCGAUCUUCACAACAGUCACAACAGUCGACGUUUAUUUCACAAGAGCUGCAAACUUCACAACAGUCCCAAUUGCCAUUACCUGUUUCACAACAGUCGUACAUCCCACCAAAAUUACCAUUAGUUUCAGUUCCACAGCGAUUACCAGUCAAUACCAGUCCUGCACCUAUCACACCUUCCCCGACUGCUACAAUAGUACGCACUACAACUCCCAUAAAGACCAUGAUAGCUACAUCAACUUCAACCAAUUCUUCUGUUGUUGAUCCUGAAGAAUAUAUAAAUCCGCUGUUUAAAUGUUAAAUGGUUAUACAUUAUUUUACACAAACCGUAAGAUCUCUCACUAAUUUGUGAUAGUGCUGUCAUAAUGAAUUAUGAAGCGACUUUCAAUCAUGAAAAUAUAUUUUUUAUUACACAUAACGUUCAGUAUUAGCGAUCUUCCCAUAUAUGUAAAACAAUCUAAAAAAAUAAUUUUAAUAUAAUUUUAAUUAAUAAACAUUAAUUAUAUUGCAUUUUAUAAAAAAUGAAUUAAUGUCAAGUUACUUUACUAUGAUAGCGUAAUUUAAAUAUUUAAAGAAUAUAUUUUGUACAACUUUUAUACAUUGAAUAAUGGAAAAAAAUAAAUAAAAUAAAAUCUAGUAUAAGAAAACUAUCUUUGAAAUUAAAAAACUUUGUAAGCAAGGCUUGGUUUUCAAAUAUUCGAAGAUUAUUCAGAAUUCUUGGUAUUCUAAUUUCUUGGACUAUAUCUGAAAUUUAUUUAAAAAAUAAUUUAGAUGAACAAAAAUAAAGAAUUGAUUAAACCUUUAAAGUAAUUUCCCCAUAAGUGCAUCGACCCAUAGAGCCUCUUUAUGACCAGGUACGAUGUUAUCUAUGCGACAAGGCUAACGAGUUGUCUCCGAUCCUUCGCGCUAUUGCUCUUUAUUACGAUUGGCCUCUCCCUCCGCCUUUCGCCGACGAUCGCGGGAACUCUAUCGCGAGCCGUUUCCGUGUUCUGGACCACCGGGCGAGGGUAUUAUCUCGGAAUAGCACCGGUCGCUGCCUAUAACUACCUCGCGAGCGGGAUCGGCUCGUGCGCGCGGUCGGCUUUGACAACGGUAAGUAUCGCCGUCGGUCUGCGAUAACACGAAGAAGGCGCGCGAUAUCUUGCUGUGGAGGGGUUGAAAGGGAGUUCACUCUCUUCCUCUCUUUCUUCGGCAAAUCUCAGAUUCAGCUCAAAGAAUAUGCUCCGCUUCAGGGCGAUUCCGGAUAGUAUAAGAUCGGAUAUCGUACAAGCUAAUGGAACAAGACGACGAUUUAAAGCGUCGAAUCGGCUGAUUAGACACUUGCGGUCUCGCCCUGAUAGAAUACAGCGCGGGCUGCGGUUAAGCGUUCGCUUCGUUGAUCAUUUAAACGUUUAUCUUCAACGCUAGAUUUUUUUCUUUUUUAUUUUUAUAACUCGAUCUCAAUAUAUUCUUACAAACGAUGUAGCGAGCAUACAAAUUUGUUUUAAAGACCUCAUUAGAAUUUUCUUUCUUUCUUUCAUAAUACCGCAAAUCUCUAAAUUGAAAUCUAUUCAUUUCUCAAGCACCUUUUCGUUUCAUGAAAUGUAUAAAGAUCAAAAUCGAAAGAUGCGAGAUCAUUGCGAGCGCGGACUUCUAAUUCCUCAGUUGGACAAAAACUGCGAUCUACUUUGCUUUUCUCUCUGAUGCAGCUAAGACAAAAAAUAAAUUAUGUUUAUCUUCCCGAAUAAAAACCAAAAAAAAGUUUAUAUUGUAAAGGCGCAUCAAUUAAUUUUUACCUGUAAAACACGAUAAAUUAUCGUGCUAGUUGAGCGUACGUACGGAAUACCAUUUCCGUCGUUGGCCGACUGGACGAUGGUCGGAGCGAAGGUGCAUGUACGACGGGUUCAUCGACAAUUUUAUACCCGGUGGUUCAUGUGAGGCCAAAGGCUAGCGAGUUAUUAGCAGAAAAUUACCGAGCGCUCGCGGUCUAUUACGCGAUACACGCCGAAGUGUCGCGCUUCGUCUCGGGGCCGUGAGAGAGUGAUGCUUCGGGUAUCCCGUACCGUGCCGCAGCCGGGAGCACAAGAACACAGCCCGUUUCCAGCCACAACCAUCAAUCGACGCGGGAUCUGAUCGUCCGGUAUCGAACGCAAUGUCAGUCAUUAUCGAUGACGACAACGCGAUGUCGAAUAGACAUUGCGGCUAAUCCGGUCUAUGUCCUCUUUACUCAUGCGCGAUAAGACUUUCGAAAAUCCGAAAUUCUGCGAUUACAGAAAAGAAAUGGCCGUUCAUUGAGAGAGAAUUUUUCAAACAAACGAUCUCGAGUAAUCUUAUUUUCUGUUACUCACAAAAAUUAUUCUCUAAAUCUGAGUUGGUUAAAUCUUACUCAUUUGCAGUGCUUAUAACUGUAAUAAUCAAUGACUAUUUACUGAUUUUCAGUGAUUAAGGGGAGAUAUUCUCACCGACUGUUCUAAAAACUAAUAUACAUAUAUCACUAGUAUAAGCUACGAGUAUAGUACUGAAAUAAGAACUGUCAUUAGUGAAUAAUAUACAUUAAUUAAAGAAUACUAUUGUUGUCCAAAGAUUUAAACUCACGAAUACAAAAGUUCAAUGUAUAUAUGAAUAUAACUAAUAUUCAUGUGCAAUGUUUUCAAAUCAAUCUGCUGUUCGCUCGCGUACAUCAGCAGAAAAUAUUCCCCGUCGCGGAAUACCUUCGGUAUGUCCUCGAGUACCCUCUUUUCCCGCCCGGAGGAAAUCGUCGACCGGUGGAAUCUCGUCCACUGACAUUCCGAUCCCGCAUGUGUGCAGCAACGCAAGGCAUUUCGCGCAUACCGCUCGUGAUAUAACUGUGCCUCUAGAAGCCGCCCUUUUAUUUUUCUCCCCCUCUCUCCUUCUCUCUGUUUUUCUUCUCCGAAUGCAAAUUGCACGACCAGUUGACGCAGUGACUUCGCUGGAUUUGCGGUUUGGGACAGUCACGCUACGUGACGAUCCGACCUAUUACGUUCAACGCUUCUCUUCCGGGUACGCCAUAAAUUUGUUUUUAUCGCGAUGCAACGUGAUAUCGGCAGUCCGAUCUCGAGCAUCACGUAAAUUAUUAAUGCAAAAGCCACUCUUGUCUACCAUUACGCAUUACCAAAUAAGAAUAAAACUUCUAAAUGCGCACAACUUUUAUUGACACUUUUCAUGCCGUAUGCACUUAAGGACGCAUUCACAUUAGAAGCGAAAAACAGAAUUCAGAAAAACAGAAUCAGAAAUGCAAAUUGCACUGUCCAUAUAUUCUUACCAAUGAUAGAAUUUUAUUUUUCACAUUCUGCUUUUCCGAAUGUUAAUGUGAAUGUGUUCUUAUUUCUAUACACUGAUGAAUCAUUAAUCGAGGUUUUUUUUUUAAUAUACGCUAGUGUAGGAAUUACAACAAUCUUACCCAAUCGGGUAAGAAUACUCGGUAAUAGGAUUGUCCGCAUUAAAUCCCCAAAAAUUUUUGCACCUAAAACAAGAUAAAUAUAUAUUCUCACGUUGGAGAAAAAGAAAACGAAGAUGCCGAGUACAAAAAGUGCAUAUGUAACGCAAACAAAUCUACUACCAUUGGCCUAGUAAGUUUACCUGGCUAAGGUUGUGAUUCACAUACACUAGUCUAAAAAGGAUCCAUUAAGAAAAAGAAUUCGAUUAAUGAAUACUCCUCCUUUCCCCUCUAUACUCUUAUAGAUCUUUUUCAUUUUUUUAUCAUUAUAGCUUCUGAAACUUUUAAAUUAACUCUAUAACAUAAAAUAUUAUAAUAAUGAGAUGUCCCAAGAUUACCGGUCUUGCUUUUAACAGAUCCCGACAAUGGAAAGUGAAUGAACGCAAUUAUGUCCCGGUAUCAAAAGAUACGAAGAAAAAAUCGCGUAAUCUUGUAGCAGCUGAUAAGUUAGCAUGAGAGCGUACGAUAAAUCGACGUCGAGAUGUAAUUUCUGUGCGACGCGCAGUAUCUCUCACAAAGUAGAAAAUGAUAAGUCAUCCGCAUGCCCGGAUGGAGAGAGGAAUCUCCGCGCGGCACAAAUAGAAGCUCUCUUCCUGUUUUCUCCUCUCUUCCGCUCACUAACCGCUAAGUUGAUACUGGUUUCGAAGAAUCGCGCACGGGAAUAACGAGAGUUACUAAGGUGACCCUUAUCACUGUCGCCGAAAAAUCCCUCUCAUUUAAUCACGAUCAUUAAUCGCGUCUUUAUCGUACAGAAUCGCAUCGGGAGUCUAUGCGUUCGAUAUCAACGCAUAGUCCAACGUCCUCUCUCGCCUCUGGCCUCGCGGUUGGCUGCAUUUGCGGUAUGUGCAAAUGCUUGGCGAUGUCACGAGGAGUAACUUCGUUAGGUCUUCGCCGGCAUUCGCCGGUGAAUUUUUUCCCCGAUAAGAUCGUGCAGGCCGAUUAGCCGCGGAGAACGCGAACGAACACCUGUAACGAACGCGGCUCGGUCGCGCGUUCCUCGGUGUCCGGCCGAGUCAUGCCGAUUCUCCGGUUUGAUCCUGCGGUGCCGGUUGGUCGCGGUACGUCGUGAUCCUGCCGCGUCAUAGACAUUAAACGACAGCGAUAGCGAUUUCAAUAUACGAGGGCUUCUCACAAGUGCCCGAUAGCUCGCAAUCUCCUAUGCGAAACGCGAAUAGCCGUUCGCGUAAAAAGCGCCGACAAAUCAGCGCAUCUGAAUAAACAAUUACGCUCGGUCGCGGACCAUCGGCAACGAUCAGAUCCUGUCGCCUGCACUUUGCGAUCGUGCGCGCAUCGCGGAGCGGACGCUCUCGCAAGUGCGAUCACGUCUCGCCGUCGAUUUCGCAAACGUUAUAACGGCGCGGCAGGGGGAUAAUAAACCGUCUCCGCGGUGACGAUCGAGUCACGCGAGUAGUACGCGGAAAAGUUAGCGCGCGCGGAAAACGCGACCACCCGCGGCGCGUUACGACCGCGCGAGUAGGCGUCACUCCGCUUCGCGUCGACUGCAGCACACGCUCGAGCGACAGGCAGGACGGACGAUGUGGGAGAACCGGUGCGCUGCGCCGAUGGUACACCCGCCGACGCUCUCUCAGAAGCAACACUUUCUCUCUCAUCCAAUCCUGAGGACACCCGUCGACCCAAUUCGCGCACCGCGUUGCAUCGCACUCACCGUCCAGAUGUCCGUGAUUAGGAAAGUCGCACGGAUGGCUCUCGAUUUUCGCAACGACGAGAUCCGCAGGGGGGAGGCUCGUUGAAAAGAAAACAGUAGUAUUUCUAUAAUUGUGUUAUAUUUUUUCGCAAAUUUCUCUGACUAUAUAAACGUAUACUUUACAAACCCUUCAUUUGCGAAAACUUAUCUUUUAUUUAAAUCACAGUCUAUUUCUUUCUCAAUACUGAAAAAACUAGAUACUUAAAGGUAUAGAAUUAAAUAAGAUAAUCUUGCAAGGCAGUCUAUUUAAAGCAGACUUAAGAAAAUAUAACGUGUAUUUAAAGAAAAGGUAGAUACAGCUUGGAGAGAGUGAAGAAUGUCACUCUUGAUGCGCUAGCGAAUGCGUUGAUAUCCGAGAACGCAUUUGUGACUAAUUAAUCCGAUUAAU